AAAACAUCCAAUAAAAAUGUCGUGUUGCUGUAUUAUUACUUCAAACGAGGUAAGUGAGCCAUCCUGUCGAUAUCCGUUCCAGUGUUUACCAGAUACGGGAUCAUACAUUACAACCAUAGAUCCUUGUCACCCACAAGGUGGCCCGGCAACUUGAAUGAUUCAGGGGCCCAGGAUUUUGUGCCGAACAUGGCUCGCUAGCCUGGAGAUACAGAACGUCGAACUGCCCUCCGGGAACAUCGAAAUCGUUGCCUGUAUUCCAUCAUGUAAGACCCACCCAGCUAUAAAGGGGCCAGCAAGGGAGCAGGGAUCAAUCACGAACAACCUACUCCUGCAAUGGCUUCUCGUGUAGAGAGUUACACCCAUGCCUCUGACAUCGACGACGCCGUCAUAGAUGCCCUCAAGAGUAACGAGGGAGCAGCCAACACCAUUUACCCCUUCAUUUUGAAAGCGAAGGAUUUCCCCCGAGACGGCUCGCAGCUCUGGAUCGCACAUUUUGAACACAACGGCCAGGUUACCUUCGUCCUUUCUUGUACGAGGGGCGUCCUUGGCGAUUACCCCGUAUUCAUCUUCACCACCAAACCGCCGACGGAGCGUAAGGACAUCACCCAGCCCCUCGGACAGCUCGCGCAAGCCCUUCGCGCAUCCGUGGCCCCAGAGAGAGUCUUUGCUGUGUUCUCCUGCGAGGCCGUCACUUGCGAGUUUGCGAGGAUCUGGACCGAACUGACCGGGACUGAUGUCGAGCGCGAAUAUUAUAGGGCCACAUUCUCCUACUGCACGGCGGCCACGUUCACGCCGUCUUCACAGCUGCGUCCCCUCCCAGAGAAUCGCGACCUUGCGAUUUGGCUGGGCCCGGCGAAUGAAUCACACACGGCUAAGGUGGCCGAACUCUGUCAUAAGUUCGCUGCAACUUCGGAACCAUACCUUCUGACGCCCGAGCGUGCGUUACUGGAAGCAAAAGCCAUGAUCAGCAGGAAAGAAGUCUGGGUACACGUGAUCCAGGAAGGUGUUCAUGGAGAACGGGAAAUUGCAUCGAUUGUGGCGGCCACUCGACAGUCUGGGCGUGUUUCUGCCAUCACCAAAGUAUUCACCAAUCCGCGCUGGAGGGAAUUGGGAUGUGCGGAACGGCUUCUCCGCCGCGUCUGCAAGGAUCUACUGGCUGAAAAAGAGAGGCUUGUGCUGUACGUCGGCGUUGGAAAUAACGCCGCCAGGGUUUACCACAGAGUCGGCUUCCAAGGUCUCGCGGGGCACGGUGAAGUUGAGGGAGUAGAAACAUAUCUGGAACUGGGAUUUGAUAGUCAACGUGUUGAGAUCGGCUUCUGGUAGUUGCGUGUCGUUGUUUCUCGACUCCGGACCUUCCCUUGUUUCUGUCUUGUCGUUCCUGUUUGCUGCUGCUGUCUAUAAGGACUUUGUAUCUGCUAUGCCAUCUGUUCAGAACCAAUUUAUCGUUACUCUCCAUCGUGAACUGUAAACUAUUCCUCAAAUUCUGGAUACCUUGCAAGCAGCUCCGGGCUUGGAAGUAACCGUGCUCUACCCCAGGCUGGUUCGGGCCCCUCGACGGCAUAUCGAAGGUCCCAUGCAAGCUUGGGAUCUGUGUGAGCUUGGUUGAACAACUGAUGGCAUACGUCCAGAGGUAAGAACGCAGUUUUUACACUGUCAUCUGCAAACAUUGGUAUGUACUUCUCUGGAAAGACGGGUCCAUGUCUUGCAGAUGUGUAAGGGAUGCGAGAACACGUGGGUG